AUGGAUAAAGUUUCUGCAUUAAAAGACCAGGGCAACAAGGCGCUGAGUGCGGGAAAUAUUGAUGAAGCGAUCCGCUGCUACACCGAAGCCUUGGCUCUGGAUCCAUCAAACCAUGUGCUGUUUAGUAAUCGCUCUGCUGCCUACGCCAAAAAGGGAAAUUAUGAGAGCGCUCUGCAGGACGCUAUCCAGACCAUCAAGAUUAAGCCUGACUGGGGCAAGGGAUACUCUCGUAAAGCUACAGCUCAGGAGUUUCUGGGUCGGUUAGAGGAUGCUAGACUGACGUACCAGGAGGGACUCCGCAAAGAGCCGAGUAACCAGCAGCUGAAGGAGGGUUUACAGAAUAUUGAAGCCCGGCUUGCAGAAAAAUCUGUGAUGAACCCCUUCGCCAUGCCCAAUUUGUACCAGAAGCUUGAGAAUGAUCCUCGGACCCGGGAGCUUCUGACGGAUCCCAGCUACAGAGAACUGCUGGAGCAGCUCAAGAACAAACCAUCAGAGCUGGGCGCGAAGCUGCAGGAUCCAAGAGUAAUGACUACUCUUUCUGUGCUCCUGGGAUUGAACCUCUCAGAGAUGGAGGAGGAAGAGGAACCUGCUCCUGCUCCUUCUCCUCCCAAACCCAAAGAGACGCCAGCACCUCCUCCCAAAGAGGAAGAUCUCCCUGAAAACAAAAAGAUGGCUUUGAAAGAAAAAGAACUGGGGAACGCGGCGUACAAGAAUAAAGACUUUGAAUUAGCAUUGAAGCAUUAUGACCAAGCGCUUAAGCAUGACCCGACCAACAUGACAUAUAUCUCUAAUCAAGCAGCUGUGUAUUUUGAAAAGGGAGACUUUGAAAAGUGCAGAGAGCUGUGUGAGAAGGCCAUUGAUGUCGGACGAGAAAACAGAGAAGACUACAGACAAAUAGCAAAGGCCCUGGCUCGGAUCGGAAACUCAUACUUUAAACAGGAAAAAUACAAAGAGGCCAUCCAAUACUUCAACAAGAGUUUGACAGAGCACCGGACCCCUGAUGUGCUGAAGAAAUGUCAACAGGCAGAGAAGAUUUUAAAGGAGCAAGAAAAGCUAGCGUAUAUCAACCCUGAGCUGGCGUUAGAAGAGAAGAACAAGGGCAACGAUGCCUUUCAGAAAGGAGACUACCCAUUAGCCAUGAAACAUUACACUGAGGCUAUUAAGAGAAACCCCAACGAUGCCAAGCUGUACAGUAACAGAGCUGCGUGUUACACAAAGCUGUUGGAAUUUCAGCUCGCCCUGAAGGAUUGUGAAGAGUGCAUCAAACUUGAGCCCACUUUCAUCAAAGGCUACACACGUAAAGGAGCUGCCUUGGAGGCUAUGAAAGACUUUUCCAAAGCCAUGGACGCAUACCAGAAGGCGUUAGAGCUGGAUUCGUCAUCCAAGGAAGCCACAGAAGGUAUUCAGCGCUGCAUGGUCAGCCAAACCAUGAGGAACGACAGCCCAGAGGAGGUGAAGAAAAGAGCCAUGGCUGAUCCAGAGGUCCAGCAGAUUAUGUCCGACCCGGCCAUGCGCAUGAUCCUUGAACAGAUGCAGAAGGAUCCACAAGCCCUCAGCGACCACCUAAAGAAUCCAGUCAUCGCUCAGAAGAUACAGAAACUCAUCGAUGUCGGACUGAUAGCCAUCCGUUAAUGUGAAACAAAUCCAUGUAUGUAAAGAAGUUCCGUGACCCGAGUGGAACAACAUGCAGAUUCUUCUGAUCUUUGCCUUCAAGAUUAUAUUGUCCUGACCUGACUGGGACUUUUGUCUGUAUGUUUUUUUUUUUUUUAUCAUUAUUUUUAUUCUUGUUCACAACUUUGGAAUUGUUUUGGGAAAAGGCAUCUGGUAUAUCCUCUGGAAAACUACAGCACUCCAGGCAAGAUCAACUCAGAGUUCUCUUGUAAAGUUGCUGUAAAACAUUAAUAAACAUUAAAAUGCA